AUGGCUCCCGAUAGAGGAGCACCAUCUUCAAAGGGCACCUCGUCCCGUGCUUGGGAAGCCCUCACUCCCGCCCUCUCACAAUGGAUCCUCGAUGCCACGUCCUCCAUGAGUUUUUCUCGCAUGACCCCUGUUCAGGCCUCGGCCAUUCCUCUGUUCAUGAGCCAUAAAGAUGUCGUUGUCGAAGCUGUGACAGGGAGCGGAAAGACACUCGCCUUUCUCAUACCCGUGGUGGAACGCCUACUGAGACUGGAAGAACCCAUCAAGAAACAUCAUGUCGGCGCCAUCAUCAUUUCCCCCACGAGGGAAUUGGCGUCACAGAUAUUCAAUAUCUUGUUGUCCUUGCUCGACUUCCAUCCUCCCUCCGCUGCGGCGCGCAAGGCCAUGGACGCUUCAGGCGAAUCGGAGACAGGCGCGGACGCCGGGACCUUCCCCGCGAAUACACCCAAAGUCAUUCCACAACUGCUUUUAGGCGGAUCUACUACUCCUGCACAGGACUUGAGUACGUUUCUGAAGACUUCACCGAAUGUGCUGGUGUCUACUCCCGGACGACUUCUUGAAAUCCUCUCCUCGCCCUACGUUCACUGUCCCCAAUCCUCGUUCGAAACCCUGGUCCUCGAUGAAGCCGACCGUUUGUUGGACCUCGGCUUCAAGGAUGACCUCAGCAAGAUCCUCAAUCUACUACCCAAACAGCGGCGGACCGGCCUUUUCAGUGCCAGCGUCAGUGAGGCGGUUGAUCAAGUCAUACGUGUCGGACUGCGGAAUCCGGUCAGGAUCACGGUCAAAGUGAAGGGCGCAAACGGAGUGGAGGACAAAAGAACCCCGGCAAGUCUCCAAAUGACAUAUGCAGUGACUCCGGCUUCCCACAAAUUUCCCACCCUCGCGGCCUUGCUGCAUCGCUUAGAUUCGUUACCUCUGCGGACGAUUGUAUACCUGUCGACUUGCGCCGCCGUCGACUAUUUCCAAGCCUUGUUACCCGCCAUACUGCCGUCUGAGGCUGCUCUGGUACCUCUCCAUGGUAAACAUCCACCGACUGUCCGACAGAAAAACUUUGUCCGGUUCACCAAUUCCGCCUCUCCAGCCAUUCUCCUGACCACUGACGUUGCGGCUCGCGGUUUAGAUAUUCCGUCCGUCGAUUUGGUCGUGCAGGUUGAUCCUCCUUCCGAUCCCAAAGUCUUCCUCCAUCGAUGUGGUCGGGCCGGACGCGCUGGCCGACGAGGUCUCAGUGUUGUCUUCUUGCUUCCUGGCCGCGAGGAAGAUUACGUGUCCUUUCUGAAUGUCCGGAAGACGCCCAUUGAACCGUUGUCGGAGCCUGACCUUUCUGUUUCCACGGAGGGCUGUCUUGCGGUCGCAGAACAAUUCCGAAAGGCCGUCCUCACAGAUCGAGCACUCCAUGAAAAAGCCCAAAAAGCAUUCGUGAGUUGGGUCAGAAGUUAUUCCAAACAUCAAGCAUCUUCAAUUUUCCGUCUGUCGGAUAUUGACUGGAAUGAUCACGCUGCUGCAUGGGCUCUGUUAAAAAUGCCCAAGAUGCCGGAGCUUAAGAAUUGGGAUAGGACAACGUACGGUCCCCCCCUGAUAGACUGGGCCCACUAUGGUUACAAGGACAAACAGAGAGAGAAACGGCGAAAGCAGGCUCUCAAAGCGGGACCAAUAACGGCCCAACCGGAUGAAAAGAAUGCCAUUCGGAAGAAACGCGGGAGCACGGUGGCUUGGUCCGAGAAGAUCGAGCGGAGAGCAAGUAAAGAAGUCAAGCGCUCCAAGAAAGAGGCAAGAAGAGAGUAUGAACGAGUCGCUAAGAUGACCGAAUCUGAAAAGGAGCAUGAAGCAGAAACUGCAAGAAUGGUUCAACAGAUUCGCCAACAACAGUUGAAGUCGAGUAACGACGACGUCUUCGAAGGCUUUGAGUGA